AUGAUGGUCCCAGGCUCACAAGAAAAGCAUCUACCGCCAAGUGGAUCAGCCAGCAGAGGUACCAGACAUCAUUAUGGAUCCCAUAUGGAUCAGUCCUUGUAUCCACACUCUGAAGCUUCACAACACCACAACUCUAAUGGGAAUAUUUCACCAGAGGACACCAGUCCACACUUGGGGCCACAGGAGUACACAGAGACAGACUAUCUGCUGCCCGAUAAACUGUAUGGCAGGUCGACAAUCAGUGCAUCCACGAGGUCAAAUUAUGCACAAGGCUCAAGUGCACCAGCAGAGACGGUGUGCUCCAUGGUGCUUCAGAUCCUGGUGCCGUUUCUGCUGUCUGGCCUCGGGACGGUGUCUGCAGGGAUGCUGCUGGAUGUUGUUCAGAACUGGGACGUGUUCCAGGAAGUGACAGAGCUCUUCAUCCUGGUCCCUGCGGUUUUAGGCAUGAAGGGCAACCUGGAAAUGACUCUGGCCUCCAGACUCUCCACUGCUGUAAAUUCAGCAAAGAUGGGAUCAACCAGAGAAAAGUGGAUGCUGAUUAUAGGAAACCUGGCCCUUAAGCAGCUACAGGCCACAGUGCUGGGCCUGUUAGCCUCUCUGUUGGCAACGAUGCUGGGCUGGAUGGCAGAAGGAAAGAUGCCCUUUAAUCACGUCAUGCUGCUGUGUUCAACCAGUGUUUCUACAGCCUUCAUGGCUUCGCUGCUGCAAGGUAUUAUUAUGGUUGGAGUGAUAUUUGGCUCCAAACGAGUUGGGAUCAACCCAGACAACGUGGCCACACCCAUGGCAGCCAGCUUUGGGGACCUCAUCACUCUGGCCCUGCUCGCCUGCAUUAGUCAGUGGUUCUUCUCCUUCAUAGAAACGUAUGCCUAUGUGCUGUACCUGGUGGAUCUGUUAGUGUUGUGCCUGAUUCCUCUUUGGGUGAUCAUCGCCUCCAAACAUUCAGCCAGUCUCAUCCUCCUCCGAACAGGCUGGGAACCAAUCAUUACAGCUAUGAUCAUCAGCAGUAUAGGAGGCCUUAUUCUGGACAAGACUGUGUCUGAUCCAAACCUGGCGGGAAUCAUAAUUUAUGCUCCCAUCAUAAAUGGUAUUGGAGGAAACCUGGUCUCUAUACAGUCUAGUCGUAUCUCUACCAGUUUGCACUUGAAUUACCCUCCUAGAGAGAUUCCUGAAGACCGUCAGGGUUGUUACAACCCCUGUCGAACCUUCUUCGGAAGAGGAGCAAACCAUCGAUCUGCUCAGGUUCUGCUCUUCUUGGUCAUACCUGGCCAGCUGGUCUUCAUACAUGCAGUCCACCUGAUUAAAGGAGGCCACACUCUGCCCAGUCCGCUCUUCACUGUUAUCUUUCUGGCUGCCUCUGUAAUCCAGGUGUCAUCUCUGCUGUGUAUUGCUGACUGCAUGGUCCACUGUCUGUGGCGGAGAGGUAAAGACCCAGACAGUUACUCCAUACCGUACCUCACGGCUCUGGGAGACCUGCUGGGCACUGCUCUCCUGGCUCUGUCCUUCCUCAUCCUAUGGUGUGCCGGUGACUCAGGCAGUGUGUAG